UGGAUGGAUUGAUGGAUGGAUGGAUGGAUGGAUGGAUGGAUGGAUGGAUGGAUGGAUGGAUGGAUGGAUGGAUGGAUGGAUGGAUGGAUGGAUGGAUGGAUGGAUGGAUGGAUGGAUUGAUUAAGCGUUUUGCGAUUUUCGAUUUUAUGAUACAAAAUGAAUCAUGGAAGAUCUCCUAG